CUAACAAGUCUGCAUAAAUCAACUUUACCAUGGCUACUACAACGACCCUUAAUCCCGAAGCACCUCUUCAUGUCAAUGCUCUCCGGAUCCUUGGCGUGUCAGCUACACGUUCGUCAUUCCUCAACAGUGUUACUUCUGGGCUCUUUAAAGCCGGGAACACCUCCGAGGUCCUCAAGAAUGUGCAGCAAGUUGCGAGCAAGCUCGAUAAUCUCGAUAUCUUUGACGAAAUCAAAGUUUAUCUGAACACAAACCCAACUGUUUCUGAUACCGUUGAUGUGAUGAUCGAUCUGAAAGAGAAGCCCAAGGGACUGUACAAAACAUCGAUCGCUGUGGGAGACUAUGAAGCCUACACGGCUGGAUCAGUGGCUGUGCGUAACAUAUUUGGUGGUGCAGAGAGUGCCAACUUGAGCUUCUCUUUUGGCCAGCGUACCAAGGCCAAGGUUGAGGCUUCUAUCAGUACCCCUCUCAAUGCUUCACCUUAUUCUAAGCUUGAAGCCUUUGUGAGUGGAUCGAUCAAGGAUUACUCUUUCAUCAAUCUUUAUGAUGAAAAUGAGAAAUCGGCUGGUAUUAGGUUUAAGGGUAUUUCAAGCUACGGUAGCCAUCAGGUUACAAUUGGAAUGUCUGACAGAGACAUUACUGCACAUCCCAAGGCAUCAGGAACCGUUCGUGCCCAUUCGAGCAAGAAUCAAAAGACAUUUGUAUCCCACUCCUUUGUCCGUGACACCCGUGACAGUCUUAGUUUGCCUACCACUGGUCACUAUGUUGGUAUGUUCCAGGAGGUAGCUGGUACAGGCACCCAGGGCGAGGUCCACUAUGUCAAGCAGGAGAUGUCUGCCCAGUAUCACAAAAGUUUGGUGGGCAAUGAAUUGCAACCUAGAGAGAACGGUCGUUUGAUCUUGAGCACCGGUUUGAAGGCUGGUUUACUUGCCACCGUAGACAACGAUUAUAGUGUCAAUGUAUCUGAUCGCUUCUACCUCGGUGGGCCCUUAUCUGUUAGAGGAUUCAAGGCUGGUGGUAUUGGUCCUAGAGAUGGUAACGAUGCCUUGGGUGGUAACCUAUUUUGGGCUGCUGGACUUAGCUUGGUCAGCUCUCUUCCCGGACUGUCUCAUCUGCCAGUAAAGGGUCAUGCAUUUGUGAAUGCUGGUAGCAUAAUCGAAUGGAACAAGAAUGUUCCCUUGGCUGAUACUGUUCAAGAACUUGUCAAGGAACCUCGAACAGCAGCAGGCUUCGGUUUGAUCUUCCAUCACGACGUAGCUAGAGUAGAGGUCAACUUCUGUGUACCCUUGAAGUUCACUUCAACUGACUUGCCUGUACCUGGUCUUCAGUUUGGUCUCGGUGUUAACUUUUUGUAGACUAAUUUUAAUACAAAUAUAUUCACUCUUUAUAUCAU